UCUUAUUUUGAUACUUUUUUUAUUAUUGUUAUUUUUUUUUGGGUACCUUAAUUCACCUUUUUUUUAAAAUUUAAAAAUAAAAAAAAGGAAAUGGAUCAGAAUUCAGUUUACCAGUUAUUUGUUGCUACAUAUCAUCCUGAUCCCAAUGUUCAUAAGCAAGCUGAAUUGAACAUUAGAAAUAUUGAAGCGAAUAAUGGAUUCUUACCUAUUGUAUUACAAAUCCUUGCCUCAGAAGAACUUGAAUUAGGUGCUCGUCAAGCAGCUGCCAUCUAUUUCAAAAACCGCUUAAACAAAGCUUGGGAUGGUGAACGUGAAUCAGCUGUUCCUAUUAAUAAUGAAGACCGAAACAUGGUAAAGCAGACUAUUCUUCAAGCUUUAGUAACUGCUCCAAACCAAGUUCAAGUACAACUUACAUCCACCUUAAAUACUAUUUUAACAAACGAUUUCCCGGAUAAUUGGCCUAAUUUUAUUAGCGAACUUGAAAGACUUUUGACUUCAACUGAUGUCCGAUUGAUUUAUGUUGGUUUGUUAGCUUUACGUGAAGUUGUUCGAGUUUACCAGUGGAGAACAGGAUCCAAACGUGAGCCAUUUAGACAAUUAGUUAAAUUAACUUUUCCUGUCAUUCAGACUAUUGCCUCUGGUCUUAUUAACAAUGACAGUAUUGAAGCAGCUGAGAUCCUUAAGCUGGCACUCAAAAUUUAUCAUGCUGGUAUUCAAGCUGAACUUCCUAAAAGUCUUCAAGACCCAAAUUCCUUAGUUCCCUGGGGUACCCUUUUCUUGCAGCUUAUUGAGAAAAAAAUUCCUAAUGAAGUAUUACCUGCGGAUGCAGAUGAACGUGACAGAUAUCCAUGGUGGAAAACGAAAAAGUGGGCCUAUCACUGUCUUAACCGUCUCUUCUCCAAAUACGGUAAUCCUGCCACUAUGCCUCGUGGAACACCUGAGUAUAGCGCCUUUGCAAAACAAUUUUCAGCUAAUUUUGCACCCAAUAUUUUGCAAGCCUAUCUUGGUCAAAUUGAACUUUGGAUCAAAAAGGAAAUAUGGAUACCUAGUAAGUGUUUAGCCUUGACAUCUUCCUUCUUUGCUGAUUGUGUCAAGAAUAAGACAACAUGGCAGUUACUGAAGCCUCAUGUGGAGACAUUGGUAGCUCAUUUCAUUUUUCCUCAACUCUGCUUUUCCGAUGAGGAUCAAGAACUUUGGGAUGAGGAUCCUGUUGAAUUUGUACAUAAGAAAGUCGAUCCUCUUGAGGAUUUCCAUUCACCUCAAACAAAUGCUAUGAACUUUUUGAUUGACUUGGCUCGUGACCGUAAAAAGUAUACCUUCAUGGGGAUCCUUAAUUUUGUUAAUAGUGAUGGUGCAAUGUGUAUGAUUGGUGGUUUAGCCUAUCAGGUCCUUCAAAAAAAGUCUCCUGUUGCUAAUAUGAUGGAACCUUUCUUUGUCACUCAUGUCUUUCCAGAAUUUAAGAGCAAAUAUCCCUUUUUAAGAGCUCGUGCUUGUGACUUGACUAGACAUUUUAGCGAUUUAGAUUUUAAUAACGAGCAAAACUUAGCUACCUUGUAUCAAAGUGUUAUUGAUUGUAUUCGCGAUACAGAAUUAGCUGUUAAAGUCCAAGCUUGUCUUGCUCUUCAACCUAUGAUUCGCCAUGAAAGUGUUCGUAAUGCAAUGGCACCCAACUUGCCUUUUAUCAUGCAAGAAUUAUUGAAUUUAACAAAUGAAAUCGAUAUCGAUACAUUAGCAAACGUGAUGGAAGAGUUUGUAGAAGUCUUUGCUGAGCAAUUGACACCCUUUGCUGUUCAGCUUUGUACUCAAUUACGUGAUACUUUCUUACGUAUCAUGGAAGAAUUGAAUCAGAGUAAUACAUUAGCAAACGCAGAUGAUGAUGAAUUUACAGGUGAUAUUGAUGAAUUAAGUGACAAGACGAUGGCUGCUAUGGGCGUUUUGAAGACAAUUGGUACUUUAAUUCUUAGUCUUGAAAGCACGCCUGAAAUUCUUCAACAAUUAGAAAAUGCUCUUUUGCCUGUUAUCACCUAUACCCUGGAAAACAGAAUAUUGGAUCUCUAUGAUGAGAUCUUUGAAAUUAUUGAUUCCUGUACCUUCUCUGCUAAACGAGUAACUCCCACAAUGUGGAGUGUCUUUGAGCUCAUUUAUGCCGCCUUUAAGGAUUCAGGUAUUGAUUAUAUGGAAGAAAUGUUGCCUCCACUUGACAACUAUAUUUCCUAUGGUAAGGAUGUCUUUGUCAGUAACGAGCACGUUCAGCACAUGAUGUUCGAUAUCAUUGAUACUGUAAUGAAGAGUGAUCGAGUUGGAGAAAAUGAUCGUAUCUGUGCCUGUAAAUUGAUGGAAUCAGUGUUACUUAACUGUCGUGGGCAUGUUGAUAUGUGUGUUGCACCUUUCCUCAACUUGGCCUUCCAAUAUAUCUUUACAGGAUCUAUGAAGACAACUGAAUUUAAAGUUCAUUGUAUUGAGGUCGUUGUAAAUUGUAUCUAUUAUAAUCCUGCUCUUACCUUACGUAUUCUCGAAGAAAACAACUGGACUCAAGGCUUCUUUACUCUUUGGUUCAAUACACUUCCCAAGUUUUCACGUGUCCAUGAUAAAAAAUUAGUAAUUGUCGCACUCUGUGCUCUCUUGGAAUUACCUAUGGAUAUGAUUCCAGCCACACUCCAAUCUGGGUGGUCUCAAAUUUUGGCCUGUAUGGUUAACGUCUUCCAGACUUUACCCAAGGCUAUGGAAAAUCGUGAAAAUAUGGAAAAAUUAUAUGGCUCCUUUGAUGAUGACUUUGAAGAUGACUUGAAUGGCUUUGAUGCCGGUAGUGGAGACGAAGAAGAAUUCGAGGAGCUCGGUGAAGAUGAAGAUGUUCCUGAUGAAGAUAAUGAAUAUCUUGAAUAUUUAGCUAGUCAAGCUGCACAGCAUUCUGAUAACUUUAGUGAUCUUGAGGAAGACGAAGAAGAGAUGGAAGAAGAGAUUUUGUUUGAAUCACCUUUAGAUGAAAUUGAUCCUUAUGUUCGAUUUGAACAAGUAUUUAGAAAUAUGCAACAAAACAACAGUGCAUCUUAUACCCUCUUAACAAAGGAUUUGAAUGCUGAACAACAGAAUCUUAUUAUGACUGUCUUAUCUACUGCUGAACAACAUCGUACUGCUGCCACUACUACUACUACUACUACUACUGCUGCAACUGCUAAUUAGAUCUUUUUUAUUUUUAUUUUUAUUUUUAUUUUUAU